ACAAAUCACGGAUGUGAGGAUGAAAGGGGUUAUGCACCCUAGCAUGCAUAAUCAUUCCAGUGCAGAUGUCAUUGGGUCAUUGAUUUACCAUGUUUGUAACGGCUCGUGACGCGUAAGCAGCAUGGCGUCGCGGUUUUUCGAGGGCGACCGGCACGCGGCGCUGUACGCCCGCUACCGGCCCACCAUGCCGGAGGCGCUGGUGAACAUCCUCCGGACCUACGCCGGCGAAGGGGUGGUGGGCCGUCUGCAGCAGGUGGCGGACGUAGGCUGCGGCUCCGGCCAGGGCACCCGCCUGCUGGCGCCACACUUUGACCGGGUCCUGGGAACGGACGUCAGCCCGGCCCAGGUGGCAGAGGCGGCCGCCGCCAACACCGAGGGCAACGUCAGCUACAGGGCAAGCCCGGCCGAGGCGACGCCGCUGCCGGCGGCCAGCUGUCAGCUGGUGCUGGCCGUGCAAGCGUGCCACUGGUUCGACAUGGGCGCCUUCUUCGCCGACGUCAGCCGCCUGCUGUGUGCGGGCGGCGCGCUGGCGCUGGUCGGCUACCGGCUGCCCGUGCCCGUCGUCGGCGGCCGCGAGCGCCAGGACGCGCAGGAACUCCUCGCCGAUUCGUACGUGAAUGGUCUGGCUGCCUGGAUCAAGCCACAGAGCGUGGAGGUGUACAUCGACGGCUACUCCAAUCCAAGAUUCCUGUCAUCGCUCACCGACCACAAGCGGGAGGAGACGACCUUCUGUGACCUGGAGGGCACGGUGGCCGACCUGGUGGGGUACUGCAGCACAUGGUCGGGCUUCCAACUGAUGGUGGCCGACCGGGGCCAGGAGGCCGGCGUCACCUUCCUCCGCCAGCUGGAGGACAGACUGCUGAAGCUGCUAGGUGGCGAUAUCACACUGGACAGCCCCAUACAGAUACGGUUCCGAUACUUCGCGCUGCUCAGUCGGAAGCCACGGGCUCCGUGAUCCAGCCGUCAGCUCGUCGGGAACCGGUGGCGGGGAGCACGUCCUGGACAGAGGCUUCUUUGAAACGGAGAGCGGGUGGAGGGGGGAAAGGUGGUCGAUCGGAAUAAUGGUAUUUUGGGAAAUGACUUUAGUUGCUAGGUAUGCGGCUUUUUCGCCAGUGGUGGUCUGUCUUCGUGAUUGCCGAUUUUUUAUUUUUUUCGAAGCACGGUUUGCAACUUAAUGACUCCAUUUUAUGAAGUUGUGUGGAAUGGCUCAACGUCAAUGACUCAGGGUUGUUUGUCGAAUCUGGAAGUCAGUAGAACUCAGUAUUAUGCAGCAGCAUUGUGUGAGCUUCCUAUACAGGUCCGCUGACGUCGACCUAAUGUUAUAGUAUAGGCAAUGGCUACAAUAAUUAUAUGUAUUGUUAUAGCAUUUGCAGCCAGGGGUGCCUGUCUAUAAGUAUCAAGACUUCCUUUUCAUGCUUGGGAAUCGUCGCUCAUGAAAAUCUCGGGAUCGCGAGCUCGCCCUCGGCUUACUGAACAUUCCGUCACAUUAUCACCUUAUUUUAGGUGUGUAAUAUGCGAAUGCAUCAUCCGUGUAAAUUCGUUUUUUAAAGCAAUACAUCGGAGCAUUGAUAGCCGUA